CCCGUGAAUGUCCGUUUGAAACGCGCGACGAGGAGACGCUGUUUUGGCUUACCUGACGAGCACAUUUGGCUGCAGAGUAAAAUAAAGCUAAAGAUAAAUCACUGGCGAUCGAGCCCCGAGCCUCCAGAGCUCGCGGGUUUUUACGUCGACAGCGUAAAGUUUUGAUGUAUGAGGGCCUUGGGGCUUCCGUUCAGCUCUGGAGCUGUAUAGCGCAAGUUCAAGUUCUCGUUCCCGUACGAACCCCGAGCCCACAAGCCGACGCCGGGCCGCGCACACACCCUCCCCACCUCGGCGGGUUUGAGUUGCAGCAGCUUUCGCAUGGUGUCAGGGGAGCUGCCCGGGGUAAGGGGAGGCAAAGGCUCACCUCGGGUCGAUUACGUUGACCGUUACCCAUCCCGAGGCCAUUUUUCGUCACAAAAUAAAUUCCGAGUCCGAGUCCCUAAAUCAAAGCCUGAGGCGGUCGCCCCCAGUCCCAAACCACCUCCACGGGGCCGUAACCGACCCGAUGCAGGGCUCGCUAAAAAGAAAUCCGCGCGAAACUCGGCUAGCCGUUCCGAGAGAGAGAUCAAGCCUCGCCUAGCAUGCUACUGCUCCAAACUUUAAUAUCCCUGGUCCAAAUGAUAAACUCUCUAUUUGUCACAAGCGCGACAGGCGAAGUUUUAAUUGAGCGACACUGGCGUGGUGUCACGCCACGGAACAUUUGUGAUCUUUGCUGGGACGAACUUAAUCCACAAGACAAGCGCUCAGGAACGCUCUCGCCACUGUUGCACACCUCCAAGCAUUAUUUAGUGUCUGUCUUCAGAGAAGACAUAUAUGUCAUUGCUGUUCUAGCCAAAGAGGUGCCACCGCUACUAGUAAUUGAAUUAUUGCAGCGAGUCGUGGACAUAUUUGUUGAAUACUUCGGCGCCGCAAGCGAGGGUUUAAUCAAGGACAAUUUUGCUAGUGUUUACCAGCUCCUCGAAGAGAUGUUGGACAACGGAAAUCCGCUCACAACUGAACCAAAUGCAUUGAAGGCAAUGAUCGCUCCUCCUUCUGUCAUGGGCCGCUUGCAAGCAGUUGCAACUGGGAAGUCAAAUGUAAGUGAUGUGCUUCCGGAUGGGACAAUUUCCUCCAUGCCCUGGCGUAAGUCAGGGGUCAAAUACGCUCAGAACGAGAUUUAUCUGGAUAUUAUUGAGGAAGUUGACGCAGUUGUAGAUCGGAAAGGGCAAGUAGUAUCCUCUGAGGUAUCUGGGGCUAUUGUAGCUAAUUCGCGUCUCUCUGGCAUUCCAGACCUAUGCUUAAGCUUUCUAGAUCCAGAGGUAAUAAAAGACUGCUCCUUUCACCCCUGUGUGCGCUAUACUAGAUUCGAGCAGGACCGCGUUGUGAGCUUCGUGCCACCUGAUGGCACUUUUGAGCUCAUGCGCUAUCGUGUGAAUACGAAGACAAAUGUGACUGUGCCGAUAUACGUUACUCCUGUUGUAACAAUGUCUGAUCAGCACAAUGCUGGGUAUGGCCGCAUACAGAUACAGAUUGGUCAAAGGCAGACUUCGUCCCUCGUGACUCCCAAUCGCAAAGCCCCGAUGCUAAUUGAGGACGUUGCAUUAUCGAUCCCGUUUCCCAAGUGUGUCAAGACCGCCACAUUAUCUGCAACUGUUGGUACAGUGCUCUAUGACGAAGCCACAAAGGUGGCUAGUUGGACAAUUGGAAGGCUCACACCAAAUGCCACCAAAGUCCCCCAGCUUUCUGGCUCAAUGAUAAUCCAAGGUUUGGCUGAGGGCCCGCCUCCGAUUCAGGUCAAGUGGAAGGUCCCUGUUGCCUCCGUUUCUGGUAUACAGAUUGCAGCCCUACAAUUAAAAAACGAACGAUACCGGCCAUACAAGGGCGUUCGGACAAUCACGAAAUCAGGGCGUUUCCAGAUUCGCAUGUAGGGCAGUCCCCACGUAUUGUUGCCUGAUGUGUGCGUGCCAGUCACAUCAGCCAAGG